GAAACUGUUGUUAGGUUAAAUGACAAUAGGCACAGGGAAUCGGCUGCGCGACUAGGAUUACUUCAACACCGGAAAGGCAGGCGUUUCGACAAUCUUCUGCGGGAAGUAGUAUAGAUACUGCUGGUGUCGCUCAUGACAUGACAAACGUCUAUAAAUCAGCGGAGGAUGCUGCGAGAGGGUCCGCGAAGACGGUGCACCAGCAGGAGGACGGCUGAGAUGCCGCAUCCGACAGCCUGCCCCACCCGUUCGGCUUGUCGCCGUCUGAGUACGCGCCGCCCGCCCACGCCGCGCACACCACCGCCAUCGGCCACGCAGUCACUACCUGGGGCCCCGAGGCCUCGGCCUGGGCCUGAGACCGGGUGAUCCUGCGGCCGGUGGGCUGCUGGUGCUGACGCGGCUGCACGUGGCCCUGGAGCUGGGCAAUGAGGGCCGCAUGACCGCACACAUCCUGGGAGCCUACCCCGAGGCCUGCGUGUUGUGGGCGGCAGCCAGGCUGAGUGGGUGGGCGCCAACUCCUGCGCUGGCCUGUCGAUAGACGCCGGUCACCUCCUGGCCGGCGGCUGGCUCGGCGUCACACCCACGCACACCCAGGCCCAGGCGCGCGCGCAGACGCCCACGCACACGCAUGCGCAGGCACAGCCGCCAGCGCAGCCUCGUGGCAGCACAGCCGCGCUGGGCGGUGAUGACGCCAUCGCUGCCGCAGCGGCAACAGCCACGGCGGCAGCCACGGGCACGGCAGCCGAGGACACGUGUGGCUGCAACAGCCCCUUUGUCGCGCCGCCUUCAUUGUCGCUGACGGGCGCCUACAUGAGCAUGACCACAUAUAAAUCGCUUGUGCGAUGCUCAGAGGCUGCGGAGCCGCCGCUGCUGCCUCCGCCGCCGCCGCCGCUGCCAACGCGCCACACACGCGGAGUAACGCUGCCGGCGGCCACGCGCCGUCUGCGGCGGUCGGCAGGCAGCUGCAGCUGCAGCCCACAGGGCUGGCGCUGCGCCGCGGCCACAGCGCCUCCUACCCCUCCUCCAACACCUUAUGGUCGGCCGCGGCAGCGGUGCACCCCGGCACCACCGAACCCAGCCGUGUCGGUGGUGCCGCCGCGUCAGCGGCGGUCCCUGCGCAGGCACCCCUGCUCGCCCGCGGUGGCAGCAGCCUGGGACCAGCUGCAUGAGACUGGCGGCGGCGUCACCGCCGGUGCCUCCGCCGACCACAGUGGCGUAAGCAACGUGCCCCGCGGGGCUUCCUCGGGCAUCAUCAACGGAAUGGGCGCCGCGCACGUGCAUGCCGUCGGCUCCAAACCAUCCCGCCUUCGGCUUAAGAGGGGCGAUGCCGCCUGUCGAUGUCUGCCCGUACAGCGGGAACCUGCAGCCGGUGCCAGCGUAGUGUCUUUACGGUGGGGGCGGCGGCAGCGCGGGUGGCGAUGGCGGCGGCGGCGCGGUGGGAACGACCAGCAGCGGCGGUGGCGGCGGCGUUCGGCUGGGCUUGGGCAUACGGUAUUAGGAGCAAUCAAGGAAGCGAACUUUCCCAUCGCAGCUUCCAGCAGCGGGUGCGGCAGCGGGUACAGCGGCGCUGGUGCGGCCGGUGAGCCUCACGGCGAUGGCGGCGGCAAAGGUGCGCCGGCCUGGAGGGCUUGGGACCCUGACGCUGUCGAAGGUUGCAUGUCUGGAGGGUUUGCGCUGGAUGCCUGAGCCGGGCUCCGUUACUCAGAGGGCGGCGCGGCGGCGGCGGCGGCGGCGGUGGCUGGCAAGGGCGCGGGCGGGCAGCGUAGUGGACUUCUGCACGUACUGAUGGAUGAUGGCGAUGAGCGUAUGUUGUAGGGCGGUGCUGUUGUUGUUGACGGUUGCUGGUGUGUAUAGAGGCUCGGCACAGAACAGCGACAAGAAGUGAUGCGUGCGGGCAUUUGUCUAAAAUUCAGACACUACAAGCGGGGGCAAUUUGAUCGUGCAAACACGGAGACAGCAGCGAGUGCUGCCGCAGAUGAAUUCCGUACCGCAUGAAUGCGACAUUACAAAACCGACCACGACGGUGUUGCUGCAAACCUCCCGGAUCGAAGUCCUUGUCAAAGCUGCGCGGGGCCGGAACCACUGACAAGAAAGGUGAGUUUGACUUCUCCUGACAACUCCAAAGACGCCUGAAGCAUGGAAUGUAGAAUGGUCAUCUGCAGAAGGAAUUGUGAUGAUGUUGUUUGAUGUAUUCUUGGAUGGUUUCGCGGUCUUCAGGGCCAUCCCCCAGGCGAAAGGGGCUGUGCCAAGCCUGAGCCUUGCAUGCAUGUGAAACAUGCGUCCUGUUGAGGUGUGCUGUAGGCUUUGCAAUGGUGUAGGCAUGCUUGCAAGCAGAACCUUUUACUAUAUGGACACGCAUGUGGGUGGCGGCCGGUGCAUUGCGCCGAGUUGGUGAUGGCGUUAUCCAUCCAUCCAAGAGCCAGUAUUCACCUGGAUCAGUGCCUUCGUCAGCUGGCGGGGUGAAGCCUCUAAAAUCCCAAGCGCAGAACCUUGACAGCAGUGAUGCUUGAGCAACGGAUUGCGGAUUGCUGGUGGGCGAUGAGAGUGUCUCAGAAGAAUGCUCUGCAGCGCAUUGGCGAGCGCUGUUGACAAGAGCUCCAUUACUGUGGAUCAUGCGGGCCAUACGCCAUGCACACUCAAGUCCUGAACCGCAACCUUCCUGGUGCCGGUUGCUUUGCCUUGUGGCACUGCGACCGCGGCCGCGUAGGCCGCUUUCCGGGGUGUGUGGUUUUCGGGGUUCGGGGAAACCUGUGGCUGCGGGCUGCUAACCGGAUUUGUUUCAAAUUUGUUUUGGGUAUUGUUUGUCCGUUUGUGCUUUCGUGCGGGUCCCUGGCUGUGGCUAAUAGCGGCCUUGGCCGUGACUGGUGCGCCUCUGCCCCUGUACGGCUUUACUUCUUAUCUGCCAACCAUGCGUCUGCCUUGUAAUCUUCCUCUACGGCGACGCGUGAGUGCCGAGUGCGCGGCUGGUCAAACAGGUUCCUGGCGCGCAUUCAUCAGGCUCUGGGCGCCCGGCCAGGCGAUGGCACCAGGCAUGCAGAUCCGCUAGCUGAAGCGCGCCCCGCACGUACCAGUGUGGCCUGCGGAAGGUUUGCUGAAAUCGCACGCUGGCGCUGGCCGGCAUUGAGAAAGUGUGAGCUUAAAAGGCAGGGAGUGCGAGCAGCUAUAACUGGUCAGACAAGUGGAUGCGGGAGGCACUCAGACAUGACGGGUGAAUGCUGGCACGGUCUGUAACAGCUGCCUGGU